AAGGCAACUUAAAAUUUGAAGAAUGCGAACGGUCUUAAGGAAAUAAUUAUUUAAGAUGUACAGCAGUAACAUACAACAUUAUAAACUGUUAGAAAUUGUUAAAUAUGGGAAAUUUGGAUCGGUUUACAAGGGAUUUGAUAAUAAAAAUAAAUCUUUAGCGAUUAAAAAAGUUUAUCUGGAUCAACCAAUGGAAAACCUUACUAUCAUGUGCAAUGAAGUUAUAACUAUUCGUCGGUUUAAACACAGAAAUAUAAUUACUAUUCUUCACUGCUUUAUCUAUAAGCAGUUUGCUUACCUAAUGUACCCAUUUAUGUCUUAUGGAAAUUGUGAAAUGCUGCUUCAAAACGUCUAUACAUCUGGAUUUCCGGAGACCAUCUUAGCAUUAAUCCUAAAAGAUGUACUAUCAGCGCUUAUUUAUAUUCACUCUGAGCAUUGUGUUCAUGGAUCUAUAAGGGCUAAGAAUAUUCUUCUAAAUUCCAGAAAAGCUGUAGUGUCUAACUUUGGUGAUUGCCAAACAUUUAUUAACCAGGGAGAAAAAAAGAAAUGUUUAUAUGGAUUAACUGCAAAAAAUGAAAAUCAACUGUAUUGGACAGCACCAGAAGUUUUACAGCAAAACCUUUCUGGUUAUACAGAAAAAAUAGACAUAUAUUCCAUCGGAAUCACUUCUUGUGAAAUGGCAAAUGGCUUUCAACCCUACAAAGACAGAGAACUGACAUUUAUGUAUAUUGAAAAAGUUCGUGGCAAUCGUCCCUUGUUCCAGGAUAAAAUGUAUCUAAUGGAAGACCAAGGGUCAACUUUAUUGAAUCCAACUAAUGAACUAUAUUCCCAUAAGAUGUUCAUAAACAAAACAUUUUCAGAUGAGUUUUAUCAAUUCAUAGAAUUAUGCUUAAAUGAAAACGCAAAGUCUCGAUGGUCUGCUAAGAAAUUAAUGAAACACUCAUUUCUUAAACAAUGCCGCUUCACUAGUCUUGCAGACCAAUUAACUGAAGGUUUACCUACAUUUAAAAUAAAAGAUCAUAAAACAGUUCAUGGCGACGGCAAACAUAUCAAGAACAAUAAUGGGAGAACGAUAUGGAAUUUUUAAAACAUUGUGUGCUGUAUGAAAUUCCGAACUUGUUUUUUAAUUUUGAUUAAACUUCUUAAAAUUUUUUUUCUUCUGCGCAUCAGAAACCAUUUUAUUGCAUCCGAAA